ACGGUAUGUAAUAACUCACUAAUCAAGAGUACCCAAAUCCGACGGACCCAAUUCCUCGAUAGUGCGGUCUGUCAUAAUUUAUAAUUUAAUCCUGUGCGCAGAGUGUUCGAUAAUCUUAUCUGUCGAAAGAAUUAGAACUUGUUUAUAUUUAUAGUCUGAUUAGCAAAACACCGAUACCAGGUACAAUAUUUUUCAAAAGAUUGUUAAUCUCUUGUCGCGCGUAAUCACGUUGUGCGGUGCUUCGUUUACGGAGCAAACAUAACCAUAACCUUCUAAUCGAACCUAACCUUACCUCGAAGUGUUAUUUUGUUGAACAUGGCAAGUAAUUUGUCAACGUUACUCCAGUUCGGAAAGCAAAGCGGGAAAGGUUUUGUUUUACCAUGGCGUUACAUGUCCUUAGCGGCGAAACCUAAAGAAAUGCAUAACGUUAAACCAAAGACAGGAAUUUUAAUGUUGAAUAUGGGCGGGCCCACGAGCGCCGAAAAAGUACACGAAUAUUUAUUGCGCAUAAUGACCGAUGCUGAUAUGAUUCAACUUCCAGUUCAAAGUCGAUUGGGCCCUUGGAUAGCAAAACGUCGUACCACCGAAAUACAAAAAAAGUAUAAUGAAAUUGGUGGCGGGUCUCCUAUUUUGAAAUGGACAAAUAUGCAGGGUGAACUUUUGUGUAAACAAUUAGACAAUGUCUCGCCAGAGACUGCACCUCACAAGCAUUAUGUUGCUUUUCGAUAUGCAGAUCCUCUUACCGAAAAUACACUGCAAGAAAUAGAAAAAGAUGGUCUUGAGCAUACAGUAAUAUUUUCUCAGUAUCCACAGUACAGUUGUGCUACGACUGGAUCCAGUUUUAAUGCGAUAUAUAAAUAUUAUAAGAAAAGGCAGCUACCUCCGAAUAUGAAAUUGAGCGUAGUAGAUAGAUGGGCUACAAACCCGCUCUUCAUAAAGACAAUUGCCGAAAGGAUUAAGGAGCAGUUAGUUCAAUUCCCUAAGGAAAUAAGGGACAACGUUAUCAUUUUGUUCUCAGCACAUUCGCUUCCGCUGAAGGCUGUUAAUAGAGGAGACACUUACCCAUCCGAGAUUGGAGCUACUGUUGCUUUAGUUAUGCAAGAACUAAAUUAUUGUAACCCCUACCAUUUAGUCUGGCAGUCGAAGGUAGGUCCUUUGCCUUGGCUAGCCCCUUUCACCGACGACGCUCUAAAAGCGUACGUGAAACAAGGGAAGAAGCAUUUUAUAUUAGUCCCGGUAGCUUUUGUUAACGAACACAUCGAAACUCUUCACGAAAUGGACAUCGAGUACUGCAAAGAAUUAGCGGAGGAACUUGGUAUUGAGAGAAUAAGAAGAGCCGCCGCUCCCAAUGAUCAUCCUAUCUUUAUAGACGCUUUAACGGAUAUCGUUCAUUCUCACCUGAAAUCGAAGCGGUCGAUAAGCCCUAAGUUCCUAACACGUUGCCCGCAUUGUGUAAACGAGAACUGUUUGCAGAGUAAAAAUUGGUACGCGAAAACGUGUAGGAUCUAAAGCUGAAAAUAUAUCUAUAUAUCAAUAUACAUAUUUAUAUACAUGUAUACAUGCUCCGUAAUAAAUUAUUUCUACUCAC